AUGCGCGAGCGCUCCCCAGCUGAAAGUGUGGUCGAACUGACCUCAAUAGUGGUCGAGGGCCCUUCUGUUCUCCAUCGGGGCAAUGUGGUCCUCUGUACGCGGGAUGCACUCGAGUUAGCCCAGGUGGGAAAGAGGGAGAUCCUCAAGCGCAGAUUCGGACUGGCCAGCACGGUGGGAUUUGCCUGCAGCCUGAUGCUCACAUGGGAGGCCUUUCUUAUGCUCUGUGUUGGUAUUAAUCUCGUUUCUAGUGGAGGGCCAGCCGGUCUGGUCUAUGGCUAUAUGGCCGUUUGGAUCGGCUUCAUCAGCAUAUUUACUGCAUUGGGGGAGCUGGCGAGCAUGAUCCCGUCGGCCGGUGGUCAAUACCACUGGGCGAGUAUCCUAGCACCCGAGUCAUCGAAGCGAUUCAUCAGCCAUGUCACCGGCUCAAUCUGCAUUAUCGCUUGGACAGCUGUUCCAACAGGGGCGGUGUAUGUAGCCGGGAGCAUCCUGCAGAAUGCGGUUGCGAUGAAACGUCCAGAAUACGAACCUCAAGGCUGGCAUGUAACGUUGAUUAUGUGGGGGAUUCUACUAAUCUGCGCGAUCCUGAACACCUGGCUAGGAAUGAUUCUGCCCGUGCUGGAGGUCUUUAUAGGCAUCGUCCACGUGCUUGGCUUUUUCGCGGUUCUCAUACCGAUUGUCUAUCUAGGUCCCAAGGCUGACGCCAGGUCAGUAUUUGUCCAGACCUUCAAUGUCGGCGGUUGGCGCGAUAUCACAUUGGCCACAUUUGUGGGUUUAAAGGGAAUCGUUGGCGCUUUUUUAGGCACAGAUGGCGUGGUACAUAUGGCGGAGGAGGUCGCGAAUAGUACCAUGGUAGUUCCACACUCGAUGCUGUUUGCCAUUGCCAUUAACGGAGUCCUUGGCUUCGCGAUGCUGAUCGCCUUCCUGUUCACGGCGGGAGAUCUGUCCGCCGUUCUCAAAUCGGACGCUCCGUAUCCCUUCAUGCAGAUCCUCGAAAGUGCCACCCAGAGCACGGGGGCUGCCAUUGUGUUCUCAAGCAUGAUCGCGAUCAUGCAGGCCUGCUGCGGACUCGGCGGAAUUUCUUCCGGGAGUCGCAUGCUGUGGGCCUUCUCGAGAGAACAGGCCCUUCCAGGCUGGCGGUGGAUUCUUCAGCUCAAUAAGCGAACAUCGGUUCCUUUCCACAGCAUCUGCGUGAUCGUCAUCGCAGCCGGCCUCAUCGGCCUCAUCAACAUCGGCUCGUCGGUAGUGCUGAACAUCGUUCUUUCGCUGCUGAUGGAGGCAUUCUUCUUCUCUUACGUCAUCCCCCUAUCCCUGCUCCUGUAUCGCCGCGUCAAAGGACACAUUUCUGAACCGCAGCAGGGUGGAGGUAAUAAUAAAGGCUUUGUCUGGGGUCCUUUCCGGUUGAGGGGGUGGCUAGGCAUAGCGAACAACAUCUUCGCGCUGGUCUUCUCGGGCAUCGUAGUCAUCUUCGGAUUCUGGCCUGCGAGCAGCCAUCCGACUCCAUCGCACAUGAACUACAGCGUAGCGAUCUUUGGCGGGGUGUUGAUCCUGGCGGUGGGGUAUUAUCUGGGAUGGGGGAGGCAGCAUUAUAUGGGACCCUUGGCCGAGGUUGAAUUUACGGCGGGAACCGUGGAACAAAGAAGGGGCGAGAGGGGUUUGUGA